UCCCCGGAGUUCCAGCGCAGCAGACUUGAACGCUGGGCUGUGCUCCGAGGCAGGCGAGGCCUGAGGGCGGUGAGGCAGGCUCGGAGGCGGCCGCUUCUCUUCUGAAGGACACGAGCGCGGGACAGGCCAGGUUCUGCGGACCACAUCGAGGGCCUCAGGCCACUGUGGUGGGUAGCGAGGGUCAAGGGGGCGUGGACGUUUGACCAAGACAAGAAACGCCUGCGGUGUAAUGAACCCUGUUUGCUUCCCCAGCCAGUCAGUCUCCAGAGGAGGCCUGUGAAGUGAACCGAAUCGCUGCUGCAGCUCUAAAAGCCAGGUUCUUUCUCUUAGCUUCUUUGGACUCUGCUUCUCCAGCAAAUGACCCUUGAGAAAAACUAACCAGUUUCUUGCAAAUCUGAAAUCAUGGCUCACGAUUUGGUGAUGUUCAGAGAUGUAACUGUAGACUUUUCUCAGGAAGAGUGGGAAUGUCUGAACUCAAAUCAGAGGAAUUUGUACAGAGAUGUGAUAUUAGAGAACUAUAGCAACCUGGUGUCACUGGGAGGAUGUUCCAUUUCUAAACCAGAUGUAAUUACUCUGUUAGAGCAAGGGAAAGAACCCUGGAUGGUCAUGAGGGAUGAGAAAAGAAGAUGGAGCCUAGAUUUGGAAUCCAGAUAUGACACUAAAAAGUUAUUUGAAGUAAAGGAUGUUUGUGAAAUGAAUUUAUCUCAGUGUGAGAUGAUGGAAAGAAUUAGAAGCUGUGGCCUUGAAGAUUCCUUUUUCAGGAAAGACUGUGAAUAUAAAAAGUUUGAGGGACAAGAGGGUCCUCAGGAGGCGCAUUUCAGGCAAGUGAAAAAAACCACCUCUGAAAAAAUGCCCAAGAACAAAAAACGCACAUCUGUUACUCUGUAUCAGAGAAUACACAAUAGAGAGAAACCCUAUGAAUGUGGGGAUUGUGGGAAGGCUUUUAGAGUACGCCAGCAACUCACUUUCCAUCAGAGAAUUCAUACUGGUGAGAAACCUUAUGAAUGUAAAGAAUGCGGAAAAGCCUUUAGACAGUGUGCCCACCUUAGUCGACAUCAGAGAAUUCAUGCUUCUGACAAACUCCUUGAAUGUAAAAGAUGUGGAAAAAUCUUUACGUGUGGUGCAGAUCUUCGUGUACAUCAGAGAAUUCAUGUUGGUGAGAAGCCCUAUGACUGUAAGGAAUGUGGGAAGGCCUUUAGAGUGCGAGGACAACUUAAUCUCCAUCAAAGGAUUCAUACUGGUGAGAAACCCUAUGAAUGUAAGGAAUGUGGGAAGACCUUUAGACAAUAUGCACACCUUACUCGACAUCAAAGACUUAAUAUUGCUGAGAAAUGCUAUGAAUGUAGGGAAUGUGGGCAGGCUUUUUUGUGUAGUACAGGCCUUAGAGUACAUCACAAACUUCAUACUGGUGAGAAACCCUAUGACUGUAAGGAGUGUGGGAAGGCCUUUAGAGUGCGGCAACAGCUUACUCUCCAUCAGAGAAUUCAUACUGGCGAGAAACCCUAUGAUUGUAAGGAAUGUGGGAAGACCUUUAGUCGUGCCUAUCAUCUAACUCUCCAUCAGAGAAUUCAUACUGGUGAGAAACCUUAUGAAUGUAAGGAAUGUCAGAAGUUCUUUCGUCGUUACUCAGAACUUAUUUCACACCAGGGUAUUCAUAUUGGAGAGAAACCCUAUGAUUGUAAGGAAUGUGGGAAGGCCUUCAGACUGUUCUCACAACUUACUCAACAUCAGAGUAUUCAUUUUGGUGAGAAACCUUAUAAGUGUAAGGAAUGUGAGAAGACUUUUAGACUGCUCUCCCAACUUACUCAACAUCAGAGUAUUCAUACUGGUGAGAAACCCUAUGACUGUAAGGAAUGUGGAAAGGCCUUUAGACUCCAUUCAUCACUUAUUCAACAUCAGAGAAUUCAUUCUGGUGAGAAACCAUACAAAUGUAAGGAAUGUAAGAAGGCAUUUAGACAACAUUCACAUCUUACUUACCAUCAGCGAAAAAUUCACACUAAUGAAAAACCUUAUCAAUGUAAAGCAUGUGGGAAGGCCUUUAUUCGUGGUUCGCAACUCACUGAACAUCAGAGAGUUCAUACAGGAGAGAAACCAUAUGAAUGUAAGAAAUGUGGAAAAGCCUUUAGUUAUUGUUCACAAUAUACACUCCAUCAGAGAAUUCAUAGUGGUGAAAAACCUUAUGAAUGUAAGGAAUGUGGGAAGGCCUUUAUUCUUGGCUCUCAGCUUACUUACCAUCAGAGAAUUCAUAGUGGUGAGAAACCCUAUGAGUGUAAGGAAUGUGGAAAGGCUUUUAUUCUUGGUUCACACCUUACUUAUCAUCAAAGAGUUCAUACUGGUGAAAAGCCUUACAGAUGUAAAGAAUGUGGGAAGGCCUUUUUAUGUGCCUCCCAACUUAAUGAACAUCAGAGAAUUCACACAGGUGAGAAACCCUAUGAAUGUAAAGAAUGUGGAAAGGCCUUUUCUCGUGGCUCACAACUUACUUAUCAUCUGAGAGUUCAUACAGGUGAGAGACCCUAUAUAUGCAAAGAAUGUGGGAAAGCCUUUAUUUCUAAUUCUAAUCUUACUCAACAUCAGAGAAUUCAUACAGGUGAGAAACCUUACAAAUGUCAGGAAUGUGGAAAGGCCUUUAUUUGUGGCAAACAACUUAGUGAGCAUCAGAGAAUUCAUACAGGUGAGAAACCCUUUGAAUGUAAGGAAUGUGGAAAGACCUUUAUUUGUGGUGCAUAUCUUACGCAACAUGAGAAAAUUCAUGGUGAGAAGCAUUAUGAAUGUAAGGAAUGUGGGAAGACCUUUUUUCGUAACACACAACUUACAUAUCAUCAGAGAAUUCAUACAGGUGAAAAACCCUACAAAUGUAAGGAAUGUGACAAAGCUUUUAUUUAUGGCUCACAACUUAGUGAACACCAGAGAAUUCAUAGAGAUGAAAAACCCUAUGAAUGUAAGCAAUGUGGGAAGGCCUUCAGUCGUGGCUCAGAACUUACUCUACAUCAAAGGAUCCAUACUGGUGAGCAACCCUAUGCAUGCAUACAGUGUGGUAAAGACUUUAGACGUCAUUCACAACUUACUCAACAUAUGAGAAUUCAUACUGGUGAAAAACCUUAUGAAUGUAAUGAAUGUGGGAAGGCCUUUGGUAGUGGCUCAAACCUUACUCACCAUCAGCGAAUUCACACUGGUGAGAAACCAUAUGAAUGUAAGGAGUGCGGGAAAGCCUUUAGUUUUGGAUCAGGCCUUAUUCGACAUCAGAUAAUUCACAGUGGUGAAAAGCCUUAUGAGUGUAAGGAAUGUGGGAAGUCCUUUAGUUUUGAAUCAGCCCUUACUCGGCAUCACAGAAUUCACACAGGUGAGAAACCUUAUGAAUGUAAGGAUUGUGGGAAAGCCUUUGGCAGUGGUUCAAACCUUACUCAGCAUCGAAGAAUUCAUACUGGUGAGAAACCUUAUGAAUGUAAAGCAUGUGGAAUGGCCUUUAGUAGUGGUUCAGCUCUUACACGGCAUCAAAGAAUUCAUACUGGUGAGAAACCAUAUAUAUGUAACGAAUGUGGGAAGGCUUUUAGUUUUGGAUCAGCCCUUACUCGACAUCAAAGAAUUCACACCGGUGAGAAACCUUAUGUAUGUAAGGAAUGUGGGAAGGCUUUCAAUAGUGGCUCGGAUCUCACUCAACAUCAGAGAAUUCACACUGGUGAGAAACCCUAUGAGUGUAAGGAAUGUGAGAAAGCCUUUAGAAGUGGUUCAAAACUUAUUCAGCAUCAAAGAAUGCACACUGGUGAGAAACCCUAUGAGUGUAAGGAAUGUGGGAAGGCCUUUAGUAGUGGUUCAGACCUCACUCAGCAUCAGAGAAUUCAUACUGGUGAGAAACCCUAUGAAUGUAAGGAAUGUGGGAAGGCUUUUGGUAGUGGCUCAAAACUUAUUCAACACCAGCUAAUUCACACAGGUGAAAAACCCUAUGAAUGUAAAAAAUGUAGAAAGUCCUUUAGUAGUGGUUCAGCCCUUAAUCGGCACCAGAGGAUACACACUGGUCAGAAACCCUAUGAAUGUAAGGAAUGUGGGAAGACUUUUGGUACUGGCUUGAGCCGUACUCAACAUCAGAGAAUACAUACUGGUGAGAAACUUUAUGAAUGUAAGGGCUGUGGGAAGGCUUUGGAGAGGGGUUCAGAAAUUCAGCAACAUAAGAAAAGUCAUGCUGGUAAGAAGCUCUGUGAAUGAGAAACUCUAUAAAUUGGAAUUAGGUAGUUAAGGAACCAUACAAUAAAGAGAAUUCAUACUAGUGAGAGUCCCUACAAAUGUAGUUAAGGUACAUAUACUUACACUUUACCAGUUAGUCAGUCUGAGAAAAUUCAUACAGA